AUGGGGCUGGAGCGCGGCCGACGAGCCUGUCUUGCACUCACGCUGAACUUUGUGGCUUUCGCGCUGGCCGUCUCGGCGGUCACCACCCCCUACUGGUGCGAGGGCACGCGCAAGGUGGUCAAGCCCUUCUGCGAGGGGCCUGUGACCACGGUCAAGCAGUCCUACUGCAUCCGCUUCAACAGCUCCAAUCUCAACGACAGCCGGCAGGUGCAGUACAUCUACGAGACGGGCGAAGACAAGUUCCUCAUGAGGAAGUUCCACACGGGCAUCUGGUUCUCUUGCGAGCAGGCCGUCAACAAUAUCGGCUUCACUUGUCGAGACUUUUCAGAGAUUGCACCUGAACGGGAGCGAGGAGUGCUGUGGCUUUGCAUUGUAGCAGAGUGUCUGUACAUCUCACUGCUGUUCAUAGGCGGAGCCCUCAUGUCUAUCGAGAUGUUCCACUGCUGCAACAUGAUGAAUAGGCUCAAACUGAAUGCCUUUGCGGCCCUGUGUACAGCCUUGUCAGGUCUCUUUGGGAUGGUGGCUCACAUGAUGUUCACAACAGCCUUCCAGCUGGCGGUCAUGAUUGGUCCGGAGGACUGGAGACCCAAGACGUGGGACUACAGCUGGUCCUACCUUUUGGCAUGGGCAUCCUUCGCCACCUGCAUGGGCUCGGCGGUGACGGCGUUGAACCGCUACACAAAGACCAUCAUCGAGUUCAAGUUUAAGCGGAAGCACAUCGAGAAGAACCUGCGCAUCAAGCAGAAACUGCUGGAGCUGGACCUGCCCGACCAGCUGCAGGUGUGGGACAUGUACCUGCCCCCUGGACCCGCGCUGGACGUGCCAGGUCCCGAGCCGUCGUCGCCGCCACCACACCUGCCCAGCGCCAAUGGCUUCAAGCCUCCCAGUGGCCAGUCUGACCUGCUCGACCUGGACCUGAACGGCGACAUGGAGCUCCCAGGAGAGGAGGAAUACUUCUGA